AUGGGGGGCUUGCUGCCGAAGCCCGUCACAACAAAAGAGAUUCAGGACGGCAAGAGUCAGACGGGCCGCUAUGCCUUUGGUGUGAGCUCCAUGCAAGGAUGGCGUCCCGCCAUGGAGGAUGCUCAUAUGGCCAUUCCAGACUUCGAGCCGGAACGCGAGCUUGCACUCUUCGGGGUCUUUGAUGGCCACGGAGGAGCAGCGGUGGCCAAAGUUGCUGCUGAACGCUUCCCCGAAACUUUGAGGGCGCUCCCCGCUUUUAAGCAGGGGCGCUACUCUGAAGCUUUGUAUGAGUCUUUCUUGAAACUGGAUUCCUUCCUGGACAGUCCCGCUGGCAGAGAAAAGGUGAAGGAAGCCACGCCGCCUCCCCUGGAUUCCGAGAUGGAGGAGGAGGAGCUGCUGCGCCUCCUGGAGUCCGGAGAGCUCGAUGCCGACGACCUUGAGGGUCUUGAGGAGGAGGUGGAAGAGGAGGCUGCAGAAGAAGACGAGGCGGAAGAACCGGCUUCUGGCUCGAGCUCAGAUUGGGCCAAUGCCGAGGGUCCAGACGGGAUGGGAUGCACAGCCGUGGUGGCCCUGGUCUGCGGUGGCAGCAAACCCGAGGUUUUCCCUCCGAGCACUUUGGGAGAUGUCUUGCGGGCUCACGAAAGCUCUGCGGCAGACGUCCUGCAAGACGGCCCCGAAGAAGAGGAGGAAGCCGGUCCUGGCAAGGUGGUCAUCCAGAUCUCCGCCGACGGGGUCCAGAACCUCCCAAGGGAGCUGCAGACACUCCUUGGUUUCAGCGGCUUCUGCAAAGAGUUCCGGACUGGGGCUUCGUCCGAGUCCAGCUGGGAGUUUUCCAAGGAUGCCGUCAUCAGAUUGCAGAACCAGGACCUGUACAAUGACAUUGUGCAGAGACCCUUGGUUCUCUCGGUUCGAGACGCCGCCGCCGAGAACGCCCUCAUAGGCUCCGCGGAGUUGAGCCUGGUCCCCUUGUUGCACAGCGUGACGGAGGUGACGGCCCAAGUGGAGCUCAAGCUGGAACCCGAGUACUACGCCAAGUGGUGGAAAGAUGACGAGGCAGACGACCCCAAGGCCAAGAAGGACAAGAAGGCCCCGCCACCCACGGAAACGCCAAAGGAGCGUGAGCCGCUCUUCGAGGGCGAGACUCCGCCUGUGACGGUGACCAUCCGGGCUGACAUGUUGAUAGGUCCUGAAGAGGACAGAGAUUGCUGGACAACGCUGACUAUGGAUGUGGCAGGUGCAGGGACAAGGGACGACGCCUUCAUCAAGCGUAGCAACGCAGAGACUGGCUCAGAGCAGCGCAAGGCAUCUUCGCCCUUCCAGAAAGCCUGA